AUGGCGAAGAAGAGAAGAGGGGGCUCUUGCGUUCCCAGCCUCCGUGCUUUGAGGUGCUACGCCGUGAUGUUUGGACUCUGUCUUGGCCUUCCAAGCUCGGCUGCUUCUCCGUGCAGGAGGAAGCCGAUCAUCUUCAACUUCGGCGACUCCAACUUAGAUACCGGUGGCUGGUCGGCAGGGCUUGGGAUCGACGUUGCGUUGCCCAACGGGUGCACCUUCUUUCAUGAGGCCACCGGCCGGCUGUGCGAUGGGCGGUUGACCAUCGAUUUCCUCUGUGAGAGCUUGAACACAAGCUUCUUGAGUCCAUACUUGGAAUCAUUGGGCCCAAAUUUCAGCAACGGUGCCAAUUUCGCUAUGUCCGGCGCAGCCACCAUCCCUCGCGACCAGCCCUUCAGCUUGGGCGUCCAACUCCGCCAGUUCCUCCUUUUCCGAUCUCGCUCUCCAUUGCUUCUCUCGAGAGGCCAUGCGAAUUUGGUCGGCAAGGAUGGCUUCGCCAACGCUCUUUACACCAUUGACAUCGGCCAAAACGACCUCACAUCUCAGUUCACCAACCUUCCGUAAUUGCAGGUCAUCGGGAACAUCCCGAUCUUCAUCAAAGAAAUCAGAUUCACCAUAUGGAGCAUAUACCAAAGCGGAGGGAAGAACUUCUGGGUGCACAACACCGGGCCAUUGGGCUGUCUACCUUACAUAUUGGUCACCACCGCCCAUGAUGCGAGCGACAUUGAUGAGCUCGGAUGCCUCCGAUCUCGCAAUGAUGCUGCUCGGGAAUUCAAUCGGCUAUUGUAGUUCCUUUGCAAAGAACUGAGGAGUAAGAUGAAGAAUGCCACGAUCGUGUACGUCGACAUCUUCACGAUCAAAUACGACCUCAUCGCCAAUUACACUAUACAUGGAUUUGAGAACCCGUUAAAGGCGUGCUACAACAAUGGCACCGUGUGCGAGGAGUCGUCACGCCACGUGAGCUGGGAUGGCAUCCACUACACUGAGGCAGCAAAUUCCUUCGUGGCCUCUUGA